AUGGAUACUGAUUGGUGUAUCAUGUGCGAUUCUCACUGCAACAUUUCCGGAGCCAUCUAUUGUUCAGAGGAAUGCAAACUUCGUGACCACAUGGAAAAUGCAUAUUACCCUCCUUCAACUUCCAUCAACUGGUGGUGGAGUCGUAGAUUCACAAUACGGAAUCAAUCUGAAGCAUUCUUCAAAAGUUCAAUUGCCUCCUCCACAACAGCCUACGCUGUUUUACCACCGGGCCCCAAUGCCUCGUUAUAA